GUGAAAAAAUGUAAAUUUAGUUAUACCAAAGUCCUUCUUUUUCUAGAAAGCUGCUUGACAUUUUUUUUAGAUAGAGUAAAUAUAAAUUUAUACCAUGUCAGAGGAAGAUGUAGCAGCGUUAGUUAUUGACAAUGGAUCUGGAAUGUGUAAAGCUGGAAUUGCAGGGGAUGAUGCUCCAAGAGCUGUAUUUCCAUCCAUUGUUGGCAGACCCAGACAUCAGGGUGUGAUGGUUGGAAUGGGACAGAAAGACAGCUACGUUGGUGAUGAAGCACAAAGCAAAAGAGGAAUCCUUACUUUAAAGUAUCCAAUCGAUCAUGGAAUUGUCACAAACUGGGACGAUAUGGAGAAAAUCUGGCACCACACUUUCUUCAAUGAACUCCGGAUAGCACCAGAAGAACAUCCAAUUUUACUGACGGAAGCGCCACUUAAUCCUAAAGCAAACAGAGAAAAGAUGACACAGAUUAUGUUCGAAACCUUUGAUUCUCCAGCUAUGUACGUUGCUAUUCAGGCCGUAUUAUCUUUAUAUGCUUCUGGUCGUACAACUGGUAUUGUGUUGGACUCUGGUGAUGGUGUUACCCAUACCGUACCCAUCUAUGAAGGUUAUGCCCUUCCUCAUGCUAUCAUGAGAUUGGAUCUCGCCGGACGGGAUCUCACAGACUAUCUUAUGAAAAUUCUCACAGAACGAGGAUAUUCAUUCACAACCACAGCCGAGAGAGAAAUCGUCAGAGAUAUUAAAGAAAAACUUUGCUUUGUUACUUAUGAUUUUGAACAGGAAAUGCAAACAGCUGCGACUACCUCCUCUUUGGAAAAAUGCUAUGAACUUCCGGAUGGACAAAUAGUUACUGUCGGUAAUGAGCGCUUCCGGUGUCCAGAGGUAUUGUUCCAACCUUCUUUUCUUGGAAUGGAAAGCGCAGGUAUCCAUAACACAACAUACAACAGCAUUAUGAAAUGCGAUGUCGAUAUCCGGAAAGACCUUCAUGCAAAUGUCGUUCUCUCCGGUGGAUCAUCAAUGUUUCCAGGGAUUUCUGAUCGUGUGAAAAAGGAAAUUAAUUUAUUGGCACCACAAACUAUGAGAAUUAAAGUAGUCGCUCCACCCGAACGAAAGUACUCUGUCUGGAUUGGAGGGUCAAUUUUAGCAUCACUGUCCACGUUUCAACAAAUGUGGAUCAGUAAAGAAGAAUACGACGAGUCUGGUCCUUGUAUUGUACACAGAAAAUGUUUCUAAAGUGAUAAAAAUUUUCUUGUUUUUGUUAUGAUAUUAAAAAAAAGUUGUAAGCAUG